AAAUCUUGAAAGUUUAGGUUGUCCAAUCUCUCCUACCCUCGACUUUUUGAAAAGUUUUUUUUUUUUUUGACCGGCGGACCCAAUUUUUUUUAGUUUACGCUGCCUGGCAAGAAGCUGACCUGCACUAAUGAACUGGCUCCCAGCACCAUAGAGGUAGCAGCAAGCACGCGAUGGUACAUAUCAUGGUUGCAGGAUAGCAGUCAUGCUAGCCUAUAUGAGUCAGGAAGUUCUGGACAAGCGUGGAGCCCAGGGAGAGGCUGAAUGUAACCAUCGGUAACCUGUAGUCUGGAACUGUAUACCAGAGUCCUCCCCAAAGGAUGGAAUAAGGGAGGCCCUCCACUAUACUCCUAGCCCAGCUCUACUAUAUUACUUUUGAAAUUUAGUGGGUUUCUUCCCUAUUUUCUUGGUUAGUUUUGCUAAAAUUAAUGAAACUUCACAGAUUUUUGCGCCAAGUGGCAUCACUUUUCCAGUUAGCAUUGUCUGCAAAAACUUGUGAAUGGGCGAUGAUCAAAACAAUAGUCGUUUUGACAACAAAGGAAUCACAACAAUAUACUUGUAAUAUAUACUUGUAAUAUUUGACACCCUCUGUCAUUGCAAAAUGAACACAUUUUCAUGAAAGCGCAUCGCGUUGGUUCAAGUUAUUUUUGCCAGCCCUUCCACUAUACUAAAAGAUUCUGGGGAGAACCCUGGUAUACCAUCCACACGUGAUAGUACAGACACGUGUAUGGUACAAGGUUGUGUUCAUCAGGGCAAGGAAAUUCCUAGAAAAUGACAAUGAUGUAUUGUACUGGGCUGACGCACGUACAAACAUAUGCUCUAAGUUGAAAUUACCUUGGGUGUGUCUAAAUAAUAAGCAGUGUACUUAGCAAAGACCUAAUAUGAAGUCCUGGAUACAUUGUCUACAAUCACGAAUAGAAAGUAUGCAGCAAGUCUUUUAAAUAUUUGCCAUUUUCUUCAAGUCAUAAUUAUUUUGGCCACCAUAUGGAUCUUCAUUGUUGGGGACCUGCAUCUUAUUAUCUUAAGUUCUGUAAACAUUUUGUUUAGCUUGACAAACAGCAGGAUGAUAAGACAGUUGGUUCAUAGAUCAUUAGACCAAGACCAUGGCACGGUUUUAUGAUGAUCUACACAUAAAAAUUUGUUUUCCAGACUCAGACACAUGCUACUACAGGUAUAUGGCUACUUUAUCUUGAAACCUUCUUAAUUAGUUGAAAAAAAAUUCCUUAAUUGUGUUGACAUUCCAGGGCGACACUUAGCUCAUUGCCCCAUGUACAUGUACGCUGCAUGUUGCCACCAUUUAGGUCCUUUUGGGCCCUUUUUAGUCCUAUUGCUAUAUUAGAUCUUCAGGCACACCCAUUAAUUAUGUGCACUCCCAGAACAGUUCAUUGAUGGAAUGAAUAAUUGUUGUCACAUAUGAUAUAUUCUGCAACAGUUGGAACAUGUAUAUGUUUAUUACAGUCAUUUGCACCUCUUGUGCCAAACCACUCCUGGCACACCCAGAUGUAAUGGACCAUACUUUCAGAACGUGCCAUGUGACAUGUCUGACGUCAGCAUCUCUUUGGUUACUUAAAGGCCCUUAGUCUGUUUCUGUUGGAUUGGAAAUUUGUGUGGGUUUGGAGCUUAGUUGCAUUAGUGUAGUACAUGCCAUUGUGUAGAUGCAUCGCUGGUACUAGUGGUAGUGUUUAUGAGGACUCGGAGACACGAGAUGUCACUCUUUUGUGACACCCCAACAUUCUGUAGGAAACGCUGGCAACUCUUCACACUUUUAUUCGUGGUUGCCCUCCUGGCGGUCAGCAUCCAGUCACAGCUGCAGGUUCCCCUCUGCUAUGAUGCCCCAGACAAGUCCUGCACCUGUCACACCGGGACUAAUACAGGUGUGCCCUGUACCACCUGUGUAUGUGAGCACCAACUGCUCCAACUGCAAACACUUUGUGCAGGAUUCACCUGCCCUGCAGCGCUGACCCAGGCGUCAUGUGUGGAUGAUGGCACGGCUGUAGUCAGUGCGUGUACCAUUCACGCUGUGCUGUUCGAGGGGCCGAGACCAAGGGCUGACAGGCUGGUGUUUCAGAGAAAGUAUGGCUUCAAGUUCACCAGUGAUGUUGCAGCGGAAUGCACCAAUGGAGAUCCAACUAUAGCUCGGCAAUGGACACUGUACAGGCUGGAUGAAACACAGACGCCAGCUGCCCUGACUGUCGAGUCUGUUCUUGUCCCUAGUACUGCAACUGAGUUUGUUAUUCCUGGGAACGCAGUGCCCACUGGGGAAUAUUUGUUACAGCUGGAAAUGACUGUAACAGAGACCUCUGGUGUGAAGCACACCUACGUGGAGCAGACCUGGCUGGAGGUGGUUCAGCAGGCGCUGGUUGCCUACAUCAGCGGGGGGUCCAGGCAAGUUGUGCCUGCAGACGACUACACCAUGGUAGCUGGUAAUUCAUGGGACCCUGAGCUCAUUGUGAACAGUGCCUCAUUCACAUACACUUGGACAUAUGAGAUACUUCAGGAAUCAACAAAUGACCCCUGCACUGGAUACCUCUCCCUGACAGACUCUUGGCGUGACUGGAACAAUGGGCUGGGCCAGCAGUGUGAUGGGCUGACUUUUACACCAGGCUGGUACCGUGUGGAGGGAGCAGCUGGAAACAGUCUGCUCGACCAGGACCCACUUUCAAUGGGAAAGUGCAGUACUACACUUGGAUGGUACAUGGUGGAGCCCCCUCCCGUCCUAUCUCAGGGCGAUGUGUGCAGGAAAAUGUGUGGCUACUUCAACGGAGACCCUUGCUUCCUUAGCAUUGACGUCAUGGCUAAGGCUUGUCCUGGGAACUACUACGUCUAUUUCCUUCCUUAUGGCCGCUUUUGUGAUACAGCCUACUGCACAAUAACCAAAGGAGUCAUUGAUGUCUCCGGUACCACCUCUGAGACCGAAGCACCUGAGGAUCAUGUAUGCCAUCAUUUCGAGUCAGCGGAUUCAGCUCGUCGCUUGUUUGGUCUGGAGGGUACGAUCAUCCAGCACACUGUGCAGGUCUCCUACCCAGGACGUUUGCCUGGGACGUACAUAACAAUCACAGAGCUUGGUCCACCAGGAUCCAGUCUCUUUAUCACAUGCUGGACCAACUGCAACCCUGUCAGGAAUCUGGCAUGGGAACAGACUGUACUGGAGGCUGAGACCACCAUGACGGGCAGUAUUGUCUGGACCGUGCCAGUGUUGCCGGCAGGGGCACCCGCGAUCGACUGGGCCACACAGACUGCAGCUGGAACUGACACAGGGCCUGUACUCAGGGUCCUGCCUGAUACAUUUGUGGUGGCAGGGGAUUACACCUUCCGGGCAACUCUUUUCGUUGGUGGUGUAGCAACAGCAUACUAUGCAGAGUACAGCAGCUCUGUUGUAGUCAAACCCAACGAUGGUUCUAUUACCUGUCAGAUAGAGCCAAACGAUCUGAUUCCACUGACACCCGCCUGCAUUACUUGUUCAGCAUUUCCGUAUGACUUCCACCCUGUAAACUACGAGUUUCAGUGGUGGAAAGCUGGUGGUGCAGUGGCUGCUGUUGCAUUCCCAAGAACUCCUGCAGUGGCUUUGCCAGCAUUCGUAUCCCCCUACAGUGGCCUGGCUCACUACAGUCUGAACACCCUGUUGCCGCCUGGGAGGAUCAACUUCCGAGUCAGGAUAACCAGCGUGGACGGUAUUGACUACAAUAAGGAUUUUGACAUUGUGGUCAUCCCACGAAAUACUCCAGCCUCUGUUUGGGCACCGCCCCUUCUGAAUGGACCUGACAGCGCUUUCCGAAGAAAGCUGAAUCGAGGGGACAGAGCUGGUGCAGCCCAGCUGGCAGGUGCCAUUGCUGGGGUGGGAACAGAGCUGGCAAAGUCAGACCCAGAUGCGGCAACAGAGCUGAUUGGGACUGUGCUUGAUCAUUUGGAUGAGAUCGACACCAGCAAUGACCUCGCUGCUCAGAAGGCGGUACUCAGCGCCCUGGCAGUCGCAGCGGGUGAUCCAGACUUGCUCACACCUGCUGCUGCAGUGGGGGCAGCAAGCAAGACUCUUUCUGUGUUAAGAGACUUGAAGGACCAGGUGGCUGCAGGGCUGACAACAGUUGCUGAUGUCAACGUAGCAUGUGCAGCAGCAUUUGUGGCUUCGGGUGGAGCCUUGAAAGCAGCUGCGAGGGCCGCUGCAGAAGAUCACAGCCUGGGACUUGUGUAUUCUGAGAAACUUCAGGCAAACAAAGAUGUGGCAGAGUCAGCAUUUCGUACCAUUGACGUCAUGGAUGACAUCUACCUCAACUACAUGAUGACUGCUCCUGACAUUACUGGCCCUCCCUGGCCGCCCGCUAUGAUCAGUAUAUCACAGCUAGAACUCCGGAUUCAAAGAGAGGAGUGUGGAGAUUCCUCCAACAGUGCAUUUCGUGCAGGAGAUGACACCCCCGUCAUCUUUGGUGCUCCUAGUGUAGCUGACCUGAUGGACGGAUGUAGUGGAAAUUCAAAUGUGACUGGUGUGAGCAUCAUCCAUGCUGGAUUCAAUCCAUUUGAGUACUCCAACAACUCUCAACUGGUGGAAGGUGAGGUCAUAGGUCUCAACUCCAAGAGGGGUGAAGCCACUAACCAUGUGGCCGGCCUGGGAACACCUAUUGACAUGAUCAUCAGACGACGUGACAACUUCACUGGGGAUAUUAUGCUGGGGUGGAACAUUGGUUCAGCAUACGUUGGCAAUGUGACGGUAGUGCCUUUUCUGGUGAGGUACAGUGGCAGCUCCCUUCACAUCAACAUCAGACACAACUACACCGAUCCCCCACCGGUGGUCCACCUCUUCCUUCGGAAGGAAGACCCACCCACCCCCGAGGUGUACAACUGGACUGUCACCCUGCCGACUCCCCAGGCAGACCUGUUCACCAUCCCUGCAGGAAACGACACGGUAACAGCCAGUCCCUAUAGCUGGCUUGUGGAGCCGCCAGAGAUUGACAUAACGGAAGAUGAUGUGGUCAACAAGACUCUGUUUUUCCUGGGAAUCCAGUUUGAGGAUGGAGAAGAUGCUGCCACACACCUUAACUUCUCUGUGGAUGUGAUGGAGACCCUGUGUGUGUACUUUGGUGAUGAGUGGGGGAAUCAGGAAGACCAUCUCUGGCAUGAUGAUGGUUGCAGGCCUGGACCCCUGUCCAAUUCUACCCACAUGCACUGUCGUUGCGACCACCUCACCAAAUUUACAGGUGUGGUGGCUCCAAAUCCCAUCAACUUUGCUGAGGUGUUUACCAAGGACAUACUUCAGAACCCCAUUGGAUUGAUCCUGGUCCUGGUGGUUUUCCUGUUGUAUCUUCUGGCAGUCCUUUGGGCCAGAAAGGCGGACAGAAGGGAUCUGACUAAGGUUGGUGUUGCUCCACCACAAGGUCACAUCCUGAACCCUGACCCCUGGUGUCAAUAUGUGGUCACCCUCUACACAGGAUUUAAAGGAGGAGCUGGGACAACUGCAUCGGUGUGGAUUAAUCUGUUUGGAGACUAUGGACGGACUGGACCAAUAGCGCUGCAAGACGAGAAUCGUCCACUUUUUGAAGAGGGCAGUGUUGACUCCUUCCUGGUGUCGUCACGUAACAUCAUCGGGAUGAUUCAUGUCAUCCAUGUUUGGCACGACAACACAGGCUACAGCCCAGAAUGGUACCUGAGUCAGAUUGUGGUUCAGGAGAAAGCUACAGACAGGAUCGUCUACUUCAUGUGUAAUAGGUGGUUUGCUGUCGGCGAGGAUGAUGGGAAGAUUGAACGCCUCAUCCCCGUAGCCAGCCCCGAAGAGAUGACAGAAUUUGUCAAUCUUUUCCGGUCCAAGACCUCAAGAGACGUAAACGACAGCCAUCUGUGGUUCUCUGUGAAAGGACGCCCUGCCCGAAGCCCCUUCACCCGUGUCCAGCGCCUGUCCUGCUGCCUGACGCUCCUGUACAGCACAAUGGUCACCAACAUCAUGUUCUUCGGACAAGGAGACAACUUUGACCCACCAGAAAAGAUCCAGAUUGCAGGGGUUGAAAUGGAUCCACCAAUUGAUCUCCCUAAACUGAUGAUCAGCCUGCAGAGUGCUGCCAUCAUCAUGCCUGUCAACCUCCUCAUCGUCUUCUUCUUCAGGAAUGCCAGGAGGAAACCAAAGGCAAAAGACAGGAAGAUCAAUAAGAGGAAUUCUGAAGAAGAGCAUGCAGCAAUGCCUGACAGAAGUGAAUCCUGGAUGCUAGCUGCAUUGGCCGAGCCUGUGGACAAGAAGAAAACAGUGGACAACCAGAACCAAUUACUCUCAACAUCUCCAUCAGUCCAGACUGCAUCGCAAGAACCCAUCUUGAUGUAUUCCUUAGGACUAGAGAGGACAUUUGCAUUUAACUCGAAAUCAGUGAUGGCAAAUAAAAGCCAGAGUUCGCCCAAAAAAUCUAAAGACAAAAAAUCCAAGAAAUCUAAAGAUGAAGAUGAAAGUAGCUUGAAAAGUCUUGAGGCCCACAAAGAACAACAUAAUGCUCAUCCUAAAGAAGAGGAAGGUGGUGUGCGAUGGUGGUCUGUUUGCAUUGGCUGGCUCCUGGUGUGGUCAGCUAGUUUUGUUGCAGCCUUCUUCACCGUCCUGUACACACUGUCAUUUGGGCGGCCAAAGGCAGAGGCCUGGUGCAUCGCCUUUGUCACAUCCUUCCUGUCGGACCUCAUUGUGGUUCAGCCUGUCAAGCUAGUUGUUGUGGCGGUGGUCUUUGCUCUCUUCCUCAAGUCUCCAGUCACAGAGGAAAAUCCUGAGCCUGUUCCACUCUGCAAGGAUGAGGAGUACCUGCCAAGCAAAAGAGACAGGCUGCCUGUGGUGACCAGGCCUCCUGAUAAAGCAGAGCUAUCUGAGGCUAGGUUGAAGAAACUGGAGGACAAGAAAAGGCGCAGCGCAAUUAUUGAGGUAUGGUUGUUUGUGAUCUUCGUGUUGGUGGUGACGAUGAUUGCGUACAAUGAAAAAGAUCCAAUGGCUUUUCACAUGAAUGAGUCGGUGAAAAAUUCGCUUCUGUAUGAAACAGAGGAACUUACAUUUGAGGAGGUUGCAGAUGUGGAGUCCUUCUGGACAUGGCUCCAGGCUGGACUCAUCCCAACAUUGUACCACAACGCUUGGUACAAUGGCAGGGUGAAUCCUGCACCAGUCAUCAUGGGAAAUGGGAAGUCCUGGUUAGUGGGGGCUGCUGCCAUACGCCAGGUCAGACUGGAACCUGAACUUCCUUGUGAAGUGCCUGAGCAAAUGCAAACAUACGGCAAACGUUGUGUCCUGAGCUUCUCCCUGACGGACAUGGAUACAGCCAAUUACAGCACUGGCUGGCAAAACAGCAGCAUUUCAAACAACACUGAUAGUGAGGAGAUGCUCAAGCCAUGGGUGUACACUUUCGCAUCUCUUACUGAUGGGUUUCCGACAUUUGGUGAGCAUGGAAGCUACAUUGGAGGAGGCUACAGCACGAGUUUGGAUCCUUCUGUCCUCUUCUCUAACCAAACACGGGAAGAGCUGCUGCAGGAUGGAGGCUGGCUGGAUGAGAACACACGUGCUGUUAUGGUGGAGGUGCUCAUGUAUAAUCCUGAUGCCAACCUUUUCUCCGUGGUAACGUUUCUGGUGGAGUUUACCUACUACGGGAACGCCUACCCCUCAGUCGUGAUCUCCACACUCCGCCUCUUCCAGACCUCCCAAAUCCUCUUACUGGCCCUGAAGGGAGUCAUGGUGCUGUUCCUCUUCAUCUUCUUAUUUAGAGAAGGAAAGCAGCUGAUGGCAAGUCCAGUGGAGUACCUGUUGGAGGUGUGGAACUGGGUGGAGCUGCUCGUCAUCCUGGCCGGUUUCUCCACGCUGGGCGUGUACUUCCAGACCCAGUCCGUGAUCGACCAGGUGAGCGAGCCCGGCGGCCACACCCAGUUCUCGGUGUACCGCCGUGCGACCGGCUGGGUGGAGGUGUACACCUACGUGACGGCCGGCCUGAUCUGCUGUGUCACUCUCAAGCUGGUUCGGCUGCUCAGGUUCAACAAGGUGGUGCAGGUCCUGUUUGGCACCAUCAGUACAGCCUUCAAACCGCUGGCUGGCUUCAUGAUGGUGGUGGCUGUCAUUAUGUUGGCUUAUACUCAGCUGGGCAGCCUGCUGUUUGGCUCUAACCUGGAGACGUACAGCAGCAUCGGAAGCAGUCUGGCCUCCAUCUGCCUCAUGACCAUCGGCAGUUUUGACACCGCAGAGCUGACGGAAGUGUCAUGGAUCUAUGGACCCAUUUUCUUCUUCCUUCUACAAGUGACCAUGCAGUUUUUCCUGCUGACCAUGUUUAUGGCCAUCUUGAUGGACACCUAUGCAGACGCGAACCAGAACACGGAGGCACAGAAGUUGAGGAUGAUGGCGUUCAUGCGCAAGCGUGUCACAGGUGGUAAGAAGAUGCAGCAGACCUCCAAGAACACCAGGAAUUGUGGUGACAGGUCGGGCAGGUAUCAAGUGAGCCUGUGGGGAGAUCCUGGGGUUUACAGGGAAACAUUCAAUCAUGCUGAUAAUGCUUUAGAGUACCCGAGUAGAGAGUCUUUUUUCCGAAAUAAUUUAUCUUAGAUCUAAAUUGCAGGUUCUUGGUGAUACCUGUACAUGUAUUUCAUUUGUAAAGCUAUACAUUAUAGAGUAAAAUCUACCUUAACCAUACAAGACAGCUGUUGCUAUUACAUUUUUAUAUUAAUGCACCUUACCUAAGAACUUUUAGUUAGUUCCUCUCGAGCCUUGGGGUCAACUAGGGCCGUCCUCCUCGUGAUGUCUAUCCAGUGCAAUCUUUUGCUUCUCUCCCAUGCAGCUCUAUACGAAGAGCUGCUUGUCACUUCUUAGGUCUUUUUUCCACAUUCAACCUCCAUGUGAGUCUGGGCUUGCCUCUGCUUCUUCUGCUACAUACAUACACGUAUACAUGUACAUGUAGGUGGUUUCUAGUCAAUGAUUUUUUUUUUUUGCUGUUACAAUUCUGUGUUCUAUCAUUUUCAAGAUAUUGCCCUGCGCACCUUAUCCUUCUCAGUCUCAGAAGUCAUGGCUGCCACUUUUAUUUUGUUCUCUGGAAAACUUUUUAUUUUUCUGUUUCUGUUUCAAUUGCCCAGUAUUUUUGAUACACAGUUGAAUUGAUGAAUGAAUGAAUCUGAUUCAUCAUCAUUAUCCACUGUGUUCUACCUCAGUCUUUGAAGAACCCUGUAGGUGCAUUCAGUCUUUCUUCAUCUUUUUCCAUUGUAUUUGGGUGGGUGGGUGGGUGGAUGGGUGUGUGUGUGUAUUUAUAGGUGGAUGGAUGGAUGAAUGAAUGAAUGAAUGAAUUAAUUAAUGGUUUAUUCGAGCAUUAUGAUCAAACAAAAAGUAUAUAGCAGCCACAGGGUGACGGGUAAAGAACAAAAUUGCAUGGUGAAAUUGCAUGUGAAGAUCAAUAUUACAGAAAAAAAUAUGAUUCAGUUAAAAUGAAAUGUAACUAGUGUAGGGAAAAUUCUCUGUUGUGUACAGCUGCAUGUCAUAGUGAGUGGCUGAUGCUAUAUAUGGCAAUGAUCUGUUGUGCUGGCAAUAGGUGAGAGGUUUUCUCUUUAUCAUCACUCUGCUGCUAACGUUUCCCUUAAGAUGUAUCAAUACCUGUGUCUGUAGAGAUUAUUACUGGUUCUUGUCUAUCUUCAUUUACACGUAAAUAUAAGCUCAAUCAUUGUAGUACAUAACCUAACAUUGUACAUAACAUACAUAUAUCUCUUAACAGACCAUCAUAUAGUCUCAUGCUGUGUAUUAUCAUGUUGAAUUGUUAGAUUAACACAUUUUUGAUGCUAACUUAAAGGAAACUAUCCCCUUUGAUUUUGAUAAAUACAUAAAGAAAUAAUGUACAAGCUUUGGUGUAGAAUACUAAUUUAUUGUAUAACAUGUAGAUGUAAUGUAUAUACAUGUAUAUUGCUUUCACAUUAGUUCUCAUUGUGGUACACCAUACAGAAAAUGCUUACUAUUAAUCAUUGAGAGCAGGCGAGAUGCUACAUAUAAGUGAUAAUGCAAAUGUUAUGGCCUUUUCGCUUAGUGUUUAUCUGAGUUUAGGUCAACAGCAUGCUUCCAGGAACCAUUUAUUUUCUGUGUAAUAUUGAAAAAAUAAAGGAUAGGUCAUGUCAACACACAGUGUAUUGAGUGUUGUUUGACUCAUUACAUGUCAUAGCUUAAACAUAGUCAGUAAUUGAUAGAUAACAAUAUGAUGAAUAUGGCAACAGUUCCCAAUCUUCCUCAUAACCUCAAUGAAAAGUGGCCUACAGGCCAACUUGAGUUUCUCAUGAAUAAAAGGUUCAAACAAACUUACUCACUCACCCACAACACAGAUUCAAUAGAUAUAAAGAAUAGAACUGUGGAUGAAGUCAUGUACGUGUACUUUCCCGAUACUUUUAUUAGCAUUAUUAGCAUACUUUUAUUAUAUUUUGGAUACUGAAGCAAAUGAUCAUGAAAAGAAUCAAAGACAAUUUGGUUGUACAGUGGAGAGUCUUGCAUCAAGAUGAAUAAUUUUCAUAAGUUAAACAUAAAUGGGUCAGGUGUAACAGUGGGGUUCAAGCGCUGCCAAA